AUGUCUCUAAUAUCGCCUGAUACAGUGAUAAAAGUUAGCUCGACAUUGGACAAAUCCGUCGGGAAGAAGAAUCUUGUUGAUGGUAGUCCAGAGACGUGCUGGACAAGUCAACAGGGUCUUCCACAAACAAUCACCCUCAUCUUACCUUCCUCCUCACCACGCGGCGUCAUCCCGAAAUUACUCUCAAUAACCUUUCAAGGUGGCUUUGUCGGUCGUACCUGUGCGAUUCAUGCCCGGUCUGUCGAUCGCACCCAUUCCGAUUUACCGGGAAAAGCAAAUUGGAGGCUCCUCACGUACAUUUACCCCGAGGACGCGAAUCGGAAGCAGACUUUCACGUUGCCUUCGUUAUCUGAUGCUGCGUUUAUCGCACCACCUUCUGCGCCAAUAUCACCAUCGGGUCUAUCAACACUACCUGCGACUGCAUCCAUGCCAUCGCAUUUUACGGAUCUUGGCAACACGUAUACUGGAAAUCCAACAUCUGAGAUGGAACACGAUGUCAAUAAGCUUGGAAUCACCGCUCUCAGACUUACGUUCGAAACAAGCUCGGACUUCUUCGGUAGAGUGACGGUAUAUGAUCUAGACUUGAAGGGAUAUCUCGCAUGA